AUGGAGCGGUGUGGGCUACUGGCAGUAAUCCUUCUCCUUCUGCCCCUUCUCUGCUCUUCACUCUUCAUCCCAGAUGGAAGAUAUCGACGGAAUGAUCGAACGUUUGAUCUCGAUCUGGGGAUUCGGGAUCGGAGAUGGCCCCAACAGCAGACGGUAAUGACGAAAACCCUCUACCUUCCGAAAGAUAUGGCGCUCAGAGAUUUGACGUAUUCGAAUGUGGACCGGUACCGUGUAUGCUUCCUCUCCCCGACACAAUGCUAUUUGCCACCAUCAAGGAGA